AUGAACCCCCCUUCGGGGCCCGGGGCCCAGGAGCCCGGCUGCGUGGCCACUGCAGCGUCGCCUGGCAGGUGGCACGGCUCCCCACACAGCACCGUCGGCCCGGACCAGGCACUGCCCACGGGUCCCACGGCAGCCGGGGCCCAGGCUGUGGCCUUGGCCCCCUUCCCAACGGUGGAUGUCCCAGACCACGCCCACUACGUCCUGGGCACCGUGAUCCUGCUGGUGGGGCUCACGGGGAUGCUGGGCAACCUGAUGGUCAUCUAUACCUUCUGCAGGACCAGAGGCCUCAGGACACCCUCCAACAUGUUCAUCAUCAACCUCGCCGUCAGCGACUUCUUCAUGUCCUUCACCCAGGCGCCCGUCUUCUUUGCCAGCAGCCUCCAUAAGCGGUGGCUCUUUGGGGAGGCAGGCUGCGAGUUCUACGCCUUCUGCGGGGCUCUGUUCGGCAUUACCUCUAUGAUCACCCUGACGGCCAUCGCUCUGGACCGCUACCUGGUCAUCACGCACCCCCUGGCCGCCAUCGGGGUGGUGUCCAAGAGGCGGGCGGCGCUCGUGCUGCUGGGCGUCUGGCUCUAUGCCCUGGCCUGGAGUCUGCCGCCCUUCUUCGGCUGGAGCGCCUACGUCCCCGAGGGGCUGCUGACCUCCUGUUCCUGGGACUACAUGAGCUUCACGCCGUCGGUCCGCGCCUACACCAUGCUGCUCUUCUGCUUCGUGUUCUUCCUGCCGCUGCUGGUCAUCGUCUACUGCUACGUGUUCAUCUUCAGGGCCAUCCGGGAGACAGGCCAGGCUCUCCAGACCUUCAGGGCCUGCGAGGGUGGGGCCAGGUCCCCCCGACAGCGGCAGCGGCUACAGAGAGAGUGGAAGAUGGCCAAGAUGGAGCUGCUGGUCAUCCUACUCUUCGUGCUCUCCUGGGCCCCCUACUCCGCCGUGGCCCUGACAGCUUUUGCUGGGUACGCACACGUCCUGACGCCCUACAUGAACUCCGUGCCAGCCAUCAUCGCCAAGGCCUCCGCCAUCCACAACCCCAUCAUUUACGCCAUCACGCACCCCAAGUACAGAAUGGCCAUUGCCCAGCACCUGCCCUGCCUGGGGGUGCUGCUGGGCGUGUCGGGCCAGCGCACGGGUCCCUACGCCAGCUACCGCUCCACCCACCGCUCCACCCUGAGCAGCCAGGCCUCGGACCUCAGCUGGAUCUCUGGACGCAGGCGCCAGGCAUCCCUGGGCUCCGAGAGCGAGGUGGGCUGGAUGGACACGGAGGCAGCAGCUGUGUGGGGGGCUGCCCAGCCAGCGGGCGGGCGCUUCCUCUGCACUCAGGGCCUGGAGGACGUGGAGGCCAAGGCCCCUCUCAGGCCCCGGGGACAGGCGGUGGAGACGCCUGGGAAGGGGCCAGGACUGCGUGUGCCCCACCACGUCUGA